AUGAUUAGCAGCACCCUGGAUCAUUUCAGCCAGCUCACCUUGAAAGAGAUUUUGAAGAUGAAGAAAAGCCCAAAUAUCAAAACCUCCAGCCUGUUGAAGAAAACUACUUUAAUACGAAUCCAGCACCUCCUACUUAUUACCAACCACAACCAGGCGAGUAUGCAACAGGCGGAUACGUCAGAGAAGGCAUGGGUGGGUUAA